GCCAAAUUCUCAUGCUCUUCCAUUUCCACACUUUUUUUUCCUCCCUCUACCAGCCAUCUACAACCAUCAUCCAUCUGCUUCUUGCCUUCACCACCCAUCCCAAUCUCUUGUGCAUCAUCUUGAGAUCGCCCUCCUCAUUCCAAUCCUUCCCUUGUAUACCGUCUACUUUUGACGGCUUCUGUAUUGUCGUCUCUUCCACUGUACUGUAUCAACAUGAUUGCCUCACGUUUAUCCCGAGCUCUUCCACGCUCAUCUCCACUUUCUCGCAUCUCUAAUAUCCGGGCUCCUCGCUCCUCAAUCCUCCCCAGAUAUGCCUCGACCGAUGCAACAGAACCAACAGAAAAAGUCAAAGGCCAGGUCAUUGGUAUUGACUUGGGAACCACAAACUCCGCAGUCGCUGUCAUGGAAGGCAAGCAACCACGUAUCAUUGAGAACUCCGAGGGUACUCGCACAACUCCAUCAGUGGUUGCUUUCACAGAAGGUGGCGAGCGUCUUGUCGGUGUCUCUGCCAAGCGUCAAGCUGUUGUCAACCCCGAGAAUACUCUUUUCGCCACAAAACGUUUGAUCGGGCGCAAGUUCUCCGACCCCGAGUGCCAGAGAGAUAUCAAGGAAGUCCCCUACAAGAUUGUCCAACACACCAACGGUGAUGCAUGGCUCGAAGCACGUGGUCAAAAGUACUCCCCAUCCCAAAUCGGUGGUAUGGUCUUGCAAAAGAUGAAGGAGACUGCCGAGGCGUAUCUCGGCAAGCCCGUCAAGAACGGCGUCGUUACCGUGCCUGCUUAUUUCAAUGACAUGCAAAGACAAGCCACCAAAGAUGCUGGUCAGAUUGCUGGCCUCAACGUCCUGCGUGUUGUCAACGAACCCACUGCUGCUGCCCUAGCUUAUGGCCUCGAGAAGGAAGAGGACCGCAUUAUUGCCGUCUAUGAUCUUGGUGGUGGUACCUUCGAUAUCUCCAUUCUCGAAAUCCAGAAGGGUGUCUUUGAAGUCAAGUCUACCAACGGUGACACUCACUUGGGUGGUGAAGAUUUCGAUAUUACCCUCGUCCGUCACUUGGUUCAGCAGUUCAAGAAGGAGUCUGGCAUCGAUCUAUCCAACGAUCGCAUGGCCAUUCAACGUAUCCGAGAGGCUGCCGAAAAGGCCAAGAUUGAAUUGUCUUCCUCCCUUCAGACCGACAUCAAUCUGCCCUUCAUCACCGCUGAUGCGUCCGGUCCAAAGCACAUCAACUCCAAGAUGACUCGUGCUCAACUCGAAUCCCUCGUCGACCCUCUCAUCAGCCGUACCAUUGACCCUGUUCGCAAGGCUCUCAAGGAUGCCGGUCUCGCCGCAAAAGACAUUCAAGAGGUCAUCCUCGUCGGUGGUAUGACCCGUAUGCCCAAGGUCACCGAAUCCGUCAAGAGCAUCUUUGGCCGCGACCCUGCCAAGUCGGUCAACCCCGAUGAGGCUGUUGCCAUCGGUGCUGCUAUCCAAGGUGCUGUUCUCGCAGGUGAAGUCAUGGAUGUUUUGCUGCUCGAUGUCACUCCUCUCUCCCUUGGUAUCGAGACCUUGGGUGGUGUCUUCACUCGUUUGAUCAACCGAAACACCACAAUUCCCACCAAGAAGUCGCAGAUCUUCUCCACUGCUGCUGACUUCCAGACAGCUGUCGAGAUCAAGGUCUACCAGGGUGAACGAGAGCUAGUCCGUGACAACAAGCUUCUCGGAAACUUCCAGCUCGUCGGAAUUCCUCCUGCUCAUCGUGGUGUGCCUCAAAUUGAGGUCACAUUUGACAUCGAUGCCGAUUCGAUUGUCCACGUGCACGCCAAGGACAAGUCCACCAACAAGGAUCAGUCCAUCACCAUCGCAUCCGGCUCCGGUCUCUCUGAUUCGGAGAUUCAGAACAUGGUUGACGAUGCCGAGAAAUAUGGUGCCCAAGACAAGGAACGCAAGUCUGCCAUUGAAGCUGCCAACCGUGCCGACAGCGUCCUCAACGAUACUGAGAAGGCUCUCAAGGAGUUUGAAGACAAAUUGGACAAGACUGAAGCAGACACAAUCAGAGAGAAGAUUGCUACUCUUCGUGAAUACGUCGCCAAGAACCAGACUGGCGAAGGCACCGCCACCGCCGAGGAGCUGAAGGCCAAGAUUGACGAACUCCAGACCAGCGCACUCACCCUCUUUGACAAGAUGCACAAGGCUCGUGAGGAGGCCUCGCAGUCUCCUCCCCCAGGAGGUGAUGCUGGUUCUCAACAAGGCGGCGAACAAAAGCCUUGAACUUGAGCGACAUCUCGAUGUCCAUUCAGCGCGCCGUCAAUGUAUUUUAAUGAUAUCCCUCGUACUCGACUUUUUCUUCAGCACCGUUUCCUUGGAACAUGGUCAUUCUUUUCACUCAACUUCUACAAUCAUGGAGCGGCAGCAUGUCCAUGUAUGGUUAACCCUGUGUCUCGCCAAAUGGCAUGAGGUGGGUGCUCAAAUUGAUGCGGCCUAGUAUUCAGGAUCUGGUGCGUACGUCAAUUACGGCGCACAAUGAUUGCAGAUUGUUCUGCCCACAGAGCAUUGGGUAGAGUGUGCGUCAGACUUUGGCCAUGUUCAUGAUGACCGUUGAGGAUGUCGACUGGCUCACAUGGAAAAUUUGGUUUCUCUCUUAUGUUGUAUUAGCUACGACAUUCUCGAUGGCAGAAAGGAGUGGCGCAAGUGUUCAACUUGGCACGUUGACAAAAGCUGGCGUUUGAGCAUCAUGGCAGCGAUGGUUUGAAGGCGGGUCAAACCUUGAUGGGUGGAAAUCGAUGUAAUUAUUUGUACAGAAGCUACGUGGAUGGACAAGCCAAAGGAAAGGAUCACGGCUGGCAUUACAGAACUCAUUGACGGCUUCUCGCAGUGAAUGGGAUGUCACAUGUACCAGUCGGAUCCCAGAUGGAUUCUCUGGCAAAGAUUAGAGAAAACAAAGCACAAUCUCCCCUCUUAUGAAGAAAGCAGACGGGCUCUGCCAGCAAUCUAAACAAGGAUCAUCCGUAGUUGAGACGUGGCUGUAGAGUGUCGCCAUGUAAGUGUGCACAAAGAGUACGCGCGAGAAUGUAAAUCACCAAGGUUGGAUGACGUCCAAUUGAUCCUAGCACUUUGUUGGCGUCGCUAGCCAAUGGGCGGUGAUGUGUAUACUCUCCCUAUAGCCAUCCAUCGAGCCCUAUGUGAUGGAUUGGUGGGUAAGCCAGAAGAUGACAG